UACAAUUCUCCUCAAAGCAAAGGCGACCUCUUACUGCCUCUGUCCUCACACAGAAGCACUUCUACAGUCAAACGCUGCCUUGCCUGUGACUCUCUGCUCUCCCCUCAUCCUUCUCCAGCCAGCACCAAGCCCUCCCAGUGCCGUUCCUCUAAUACACUGAAGCAAAGAAGCUUCUGGAGAUGGAAGGAAACCAGAUAACCCUGGACAGUCUUAAGAAGGGCACAGAUAACCCAGCUUUCAGCUUUGAGGGAGAGAAUAGACACUCUGAGGAAUAUGUUGGUCCCUGCAGCGAGAGCCAAGAGGAGAGAAGAGAAGGGAAAGGGAGAUUCUCCUCCUACUGCAGGAAGGCCCUGCAGCCGGCAUCCAAAGCAAAGCAUUUCUGCAAGGCUCAUGCCAAAGCGCUGAGAAGAGUCGGGCUGGGGAUCCUUGGAGUAGCCUACCUGUGCUACUUCAUUGCGGCCUGUUACCUCAACUUCCAGCGAGCCCUUGCCUUGGUGGUCCUGACUGCUGUGGCUGUCUUCUUCAUCUGCUGGGACAUCUUCAAGAAGCACUGUGGGGCAAAGGUUCUGCUACUCCUCCACCCCGUUGGAGAAUGCUUCCAAAAGUCCUGGCCAUGGCUGAAAUGGUUCCUAUGGGUCGCCCUACUGGCAGGCCUGAUUGUGUGGCUGGUUUUGGACACUGGCAGACACCCAGAGCAGCUCAUCUCAUUAGGUGGCUUCGCCUUUUUGGUGCUGUUCCUGUUUCUSUGCUCCAAGCACCACCGUGCGGUAUCCUGGAGAGCUGUUUUCUGGGGUCUUGGUUUGGAGUUCCUACUCGGACUCUUUGUCCUCCGAACAACUCCUGGCACCCAAGCUUUCCAGUGGCUGGGAAACCAGAUCCAGUACUUCCUGAGUUACACCACAGCUGGUUCCAGCUUCGUCUUUGGGAACACACUCAUUCAAGAAGUCUUUGCCUUCCAGAGCCUGCCCAUCAUUGUUUUCUUCAGUUGUGUGAUGUCCAUCCUCUACUACCUCGGUGUCAUGCAGUGGCUUAUUCUCAAGAUCUCCUGGCUGCUUCAAGUCUCGAUGGGCACCACUCCCACUGAGACUCUCAGUGUGGCGGGGAACAUUUUCGUGGGACUGACYGAAGCCCCGCUGCUCAUCCGCCCAUACCUCGGUGACAUGACCAUGUCAGAAAUGCAUGCUGUGAUGGCUGGUGGCUUUUCCACCAUCGCAGGCACGGUGCUGGGUGCCUACAUAUCUUUUGGGAUCGAUGCGGCAUCACUGAUCGCAGCUUCGGUGAUGGCUGCGCCUUGUGCCCUCGCCAUGGCCAAACUCGUCUACCCUGAAGUGGAGGAGUCCAAGUUCAAGGGCAAAGCAACCAUCCGCCUCUCCUGUGGGGAAGAGCAGAACAUCCUGGAAGCUGCYAGCAAUGGGGCUGCUGCCUCCGUGGGGCUCGUGGCCAACAUUGCGGCCAACCUCAUCGCCUUCUUGGCUGUGCUGGAAUUCAUCAAUGCUGCCCUCCGCUGGUUCGGGGAGAUGGUAGACAUCGAGGGUCUUACCUUCCAGGUGAUCUGCUCCUAUGUCCUCAUGCCUGUGGCCUUUCUCAUGGGGGCAGACUGGGCUGACUCACCACUGGUGGCUGAGCUCCUGGGGAUCAAGAUCUUCCUAAACGAGUUUGUGGCGUACCAGCAGCUGGCCACGUACAAGAAGAACCGUCUGAUGGGCCUGGAGGAGUGGAAUGGGAACCAGAAGCAAUGGAUAUCUGAGCGAGCCGAGAUCAUCACCACCUUUGCCCUCUGUGGAUUUGCCAACCUCAGCUCCAUUGGCAUUGCUCUGGGAGGUCUGGCCUCCAUGGUGCCUGAGCGCAAGAGUGACUUGGCCGCUGUGGUGCUGCGGGCCCUGCUCACUGGCAUCUGYGUCUCCAUGCUCAACGCCUGCCUGGCAGGUCUCCUCCAUGUGCCAACUGAGGUGGGUGACUGCGCAACAUUCUUCAGCACCACCAACUUCAGCUCGACCAGCUACACCAUGUACACCUGCUGCAAGCAGCUCUUUGCCAGCUCAGUGCUCCAGAAUGGGACACUCUCCUUCACAGGAUCCUGGGCUGAGCAGGCAGAGAGCGUGCUGUGGYUCACAGAGUGCUGUGGGCACUACAACCACACGUCCUGUGCAGGGACAGCCUAGAACUAGGGGAACACCAGGGCCUGCAAGGUCUAUCCCCAAAGGUGGAAAAAACCCCAAGAGAAGCCUGAGCACUUGGUCUUCUCCAGUCCUGAGCUGAUGGACAGCUGCAUGCACCUUGCAAUCUGCACCCUUAGGUGCUGGACCUGUGGACACAAUGGAGCUCCUCCCAAAUAAAUUAUGGCAACCCUUGUGUGCAC